AUGGGCCACGCCGCCUCGUCCGAGUUGCCUGAUGGGGAACUUCUGAAUUAUGUCUCUAUGGUCCUGGGGGUGUUACUGUAUCUAUUUAUUAUAUAUAUCUCUGUACCAUUGACAGUUCGACUAUUCCCUCCAUUAUUAAGAAAAUUCGUCUACCUCAAUUUUUUGGCUUAUCCUUUUGGAGUAGAUUAUCAUAAACCGGAGGUAUUUGUAAAGCGUACCAAAAACUUCUAUCUUACUUCUGAACCAGGAGUCACUGUUGGUAUUUGGUAUGCUCUAGCAGGCAACAGAUGGGAAGAAGCUGAAGGAAAAGACUUCAGCUGGUAUGAAGAGGCCCUCGCAGAUGAUAACCCCAUCAUCAUCUAUCUCCAUGGCAAUGGGGGUACCAGGGCAACAAGUCACCGAGUUAAUUUCAUGAAGGCAAUGAGUGGUGGUGGCUUCCAUGUCUUGGCUUUGGACUACAGAGGCUACGCAGACUCUACGGGUAACCCUAGUGAAAAAGGCUUUACAACAGAUGUUCUCUGCCUUUACAACUGGGCGAAAGCAAGGAGUGGAAACAGCCCAAUCAUCUUCUGGGGACAUUCCCUGGGCACUGGAAUUGCUACCAAUACUGCCAGAAAGCUGAAAGAACAAGAAGGUAUCAUAGUGGAUGCAGUCAUCCUGGAGGCUCCUUAUACUACCAUCCGGGAUGCAGCUGCCACCAUCCCAAUAACACUAAUCUACCGCAAGUUUCCUGGCUUUGAAUCUUUAAUUUUGGACACCAUGGCCCGAGCUGACAUGUUCUUUCUGAAUGAUGAAAAUGUCAAAGUGUUAUCUAGUCCUAUUUUGAUCUUGCAUUCAGAAGAUGACGGGAUGAUACCUGUACAACAUGGAAAAACGCUUUUUGAGAUCACAUACGGUGCCUCUGAGAAGAAAGACAACAUCAGGUUUCUUUCCUUCCCCUCUUCCAUGGGUUUGGGGCACGAUCACAUCUCCUCUCAUCCUGAGCUCGCUUCCAUUGUCAGAGACUUCCUCAAGAGCCUUACAUGGGAUGAGCAAUCAAGUGGACAGUGACUUAACAGGAACCUCAAGGAGACAUCGGUUCUUGCCAUGGAUAUUAAAGCAACGAACAGUUGGAAGAUAAAAAAGUGGAUUUUAGUUUAUUUUAUCAUGUGAAUUUGCAGGUGUACAUUACAGGACAUUACAGGACAACAUUACAGGGCAAAAAUACAGGAGUUUUUGAGCCUACCAAAGGUUUCUUCUUUUCAAUGCACCUCAUCUUGGCUACUAUAAGCCUUAUUUCAGCAAAACAUCCUUUCUGUGACAGCAUGUCUUCUGGCUCACAGCUGAAUCAAUUUGAUUUAUAGUGCACUACAAAGGGCAACUUCCUCAAAGGCUCAGUGCUGUAUUUAAUACUUGCUGAAAAGUAUAAGGUAUUUCUUUAGAACACUUCAAACAAUUAUCAUUAUUUGAAUUAUCAUUGCGAAGUAGGUGAGCACAUGAUCACCCCUUGAAGGAAGAACAGAUACUCCAGAUUCUAUAUAAAACUACGAAUUCUGCGUCGACGCCUUCCUCUCUUUAAAAUGUAUUCUUUCUGCUAAUAGUUCACUUUAUGAAUACACAUCAUGGACAAGCCCUUUCAUUUUCAUUAAAAGACAACAAUUGAGUGAACAGAUUAUUUGGUUUGCUAAUGGUAUUUUUUAUAACACCCACUAUAAAUUAGUAAAAAAUGCGCCCUUUGAACCGUUUGGGUGGCCUUCCUCAAGCUGGUACUCUCUAGUGGUGCUGGGACUGGUACCUAGCAUGUCCAGUGAGAAUAUCAGCUAGCA